UGGCGUGGGAGCGCGAGGAACUACUUAACUGCGCUGACAUCAUUAAUUAGCAGCCGCUAAUCAAUACAUUCCGGCUCGUCGAUAAAGCCACCCGGGAUGGACGGGAGUCUGGGAGAGAUGUCGGUGCACGGCCACGCCGAGCUGCACUCUCGGGACCUCUCGGCCGCCUUCCCCCGGCCCCCGCUGGGCGGCGGCCCCCCUCUGGAUCCGGAGCCGCGGGCUCCCCCGCCCGCCUUCGACCACUCCAUGUCGGCGCUGGGCUACAGCGGCGACUCCCCGUCCGGGUCGGGCAGCACCUACACCACGCUCACCCCCUUGCAGCCCUUCGACGACAAGUUCCACCACCACCACCACCACCACCACCCCUGCCUCCCCGUCAGCAACGUCAUCGGGAGCUUCACGCUGAUGCGCGAGGAGCGAGCCGGCCUCCCCGCCAACUUCUACAACCCCUACGCCAAAGACCUCGCCAUGACCCAGAGUCUGACGCCGCCCUCCUCCGGCCUGGGGUCCAUGCACAGCUACGGGAACCCCAACGGGGGCGGCGGCGGCGGAGGCGGGAGCGGACAGAUGCUCCACGGCGGCUACGACGUCCACGGCGGGAGUCUGUUCUGCAGGACGUCGGACUUCGCCCGAGAGAUGUCGCCCCCGGGAUUGGGCGCCGGCGACAUGUCCAUGGGGCACCAGCUGAACAAAAUGGAAGGGGCGGGCCAACACCCUCACAUCUACAGCCAGCACUACCAGGCGCACCACCACCACCCCGGCCAGCAGGCCGCCAAGAUCGUGGACCACCUGCAUUCCCUCUCGUCCUCCCAAGGGGACGGUGCCCCAGGGGGCGGAUCCCCAGGCGGGGGCGGCGGCGGCGAGGAGAUCAACACCCGUGACGUGGCUCAGCGGAUCAUCACCGAGUUGAAGAGGUACAGCAUCCCGCAGGCCAUCUUCGCCGAGCGCGUCCUGUGUCGCUCGCAGGGGACCCUGUCCGACCUCCUGAGGAACCCCAAACCCUGGGCCAAGCUCAAGUCCGGACGGGAGACCUUCAAGAGGAUGUCGCGGUGGCUGCAGGAGCCCGAGUUCCAGAGGAUGGCCUCGCUCCGGCUGGAGGCCUGCAAAAGGAAGGAGCAGGAGCAGAGUAAGCUGGAGCGGAACCAGGGGCCCAAGCGCACCCGCCUGGUGUUCACCGAUCUCCAACGUCGCACGUUGUUGGCCAUCUUCCGGGAGAACCACCGGCCCACCAAGGACCUGCAGGUGACCAUCUCGCAGCAGUUGGGCUUGGAGCUCUCGACCGUCAGCAACUUCUUCAUGAACGCACGCCGCCGCAACCUCAACAAGUGGAGCGACGAGGGCCGCCCGUCCUCUACCGGGUCUUCGGGCUCCAGCGCCUCAUCCUCAGCGGUGUCCUGCAGCACGGCGUGA